UUACUGAUCUUUACCUAAUCAAUGAUAAUGAUAAUACUGUAUACAAGCCAGCCAUGUUGCAGUGUACGUGUAUGUGUAGAGUCAACUCUAGAUCUAUCAAGCUUUUCUCUCGUUUUACAAGUGCUUUGAGCUCUGGGACUGCACAGGCAAGAAGGUUGAGGCUUCCCUCAGCUGCAGCAAAGCCUAAUACAGUGAUCGCUGGCGUCUUUUCUGCAAUUCAGCCUGCAUUUCACAGCCAUCUGCUAGCUACAAGACAGCUCAGCUACGACAAUGUAGAACAUGAUCAAUUUAUUGAGGCUGUGAAAACAGAGUUGAAAACGGGUGAUGGGUACGUAAAGGAUCGGCAAUUGUCCUUCCUUUCCUCAAUAACCAGUGACGUAUCAGAUGUUACGGUUCAACUACUGAAGAAACUGAACUCUGAAACGAACCUGUCUGGAGCCGAGGUGUACGACUUGGCAGUUGCUGUGUUUCAAUCCAGAGACCGACUCACAGAUGCUGGAAAUAUUGCAACUACACUGUUUGAAUACAGUGGAGAACUUGGCGACUCAAACGCUUCGUACACCUUUGCACAAUUGCUAAGAACAGGGCAAGGAGUGUCUCCAGACGUAACAAGAGCAGGCCAAAUAAUGACAGAGCUCUCAAUGAAAGGCCACCCAUAUGCUCAGUUCACACUCGCUGGAAUGUACUACAGUGGUAUGGGGAUGGAACAAAACUUCAAUAGGGCAUUCACGUUAUACAAAGUGAGCUCUCAAAACUUUAUUCCUGAGGCUUACAACAUCUUAGGGGAGAUGUACAAGAAUGGGCAGGGUGUUGCUGAAGAUAUGACUGAAGCUGUAGCCUGCUACAAAAAAGGAGCAGAACUGGGUGACCCUAUGGCCCAUUUGUCCCUGGGUGUGUGCUACACUCACGGUAAGGGUGUGGAGGAGUCCAUGCUCAAAGCAUUUGAGCACCAUACUGAAGCAAGCAAAUCAGGUCACCCCAUUGCUCUCUACAACCUGGGAGGACACUACUUUGCUGGUAAAGGAGUGGAGCAGAGCUUUGAGAAAGCAUCUGAGAGUUUCCAACAAGCAGCGAACAUUGGAUUUGCACCAGCUCAGGUAAACCUUGGCAACAUGUACUACAAUGGUCUGGGGGUAACCAAGGACAAAGCCAAGGCUAAGGAACUGUACAAACUGGCAGCUGACAGAGACAAGAAUGCAAAGGCACUUCUCGAAGAGAUUGAGGCAGAAGAGAAGAAAGAAGGAGGAAACAGUUAGGACAGAUUCUGAAUUAUUAUGAUUUAUAUGCAUGCCAUACCUUGCAUUAAUUCUUUAAUUUCUGGGCAUUUGAAUUAAUAAUCAUGACUCAAUUAUGCAAAUAAA